AUGGAGCCCAGACCGUAUCAGGCCGAGGCUUUCGAUGCAGCAAGGAAGGCGAAUGUGGUCAUGGUCGGGGCAACCGGCGUCGGAAAGACCCUGGUAUCCCUGAUGCUCAUCCGCGACUUUUACUUCGAGGAUGCCCGUCGGAGGGAGUCCAAGAACCACAAGUGGUGCAUCUUCCUCUGCCCCACGCAGGAGCUAGUUUUCCAGCAGGCCAAGAGCGCGCAGAUCUUUACGGGGGUGCGAUGCGGGCCUUACGUGGGGAAAGACCUGGAUUAUUGGGGAGUGAAGAAGUGGAAAGAAGAAAUGGACAACAAAGAGGUUCUCGUGAUGACCCCGAACGCCUUGCUCAACCUCCUGCACCGCGGGAACGAGUACUUGUCGCUCAAGGACGUCGGGGUGUUGGUCUUCGACGAGUGCCACAAGGCCAGGAAAAAGCACCCCUACGCCCGUGUCAUGGCCUUCUACCUCGAGCUCAGGAAGAACAGGGGGCCCCUACCCAAGGUCUUCGGCAUGACGGCUUCUCCCACGAUCGAGUGCGUGGAGGUCCUGCAGUGCAAGGCCUACGUGUGCGAGGACGACCUCAUCGAGGAGUUUCAAGCGAACGCCGACUGGGAACUCCUCUCCUACGAGGCAGUGGUGGGGCCAGUGCUGUUCUCCUACCAGCACCUCGGCCUGUGGUGCGCCAUGAGACACAUCCGCGUAGCGGAAAAUCUGCCGGACAGAAGCAGGAUCACCCGCACCAAGAAGGUGGUUCUCCAGCUCACGCAACACCUCACGGAAAGCCCUCUCGGGCUGGCGGUCUGCGGGAUCGAGCGCGCCCCGCGCUCUUCGUCCCCAGCCGUUCCCGGCAUCGACGGCCGUGGUGCAAGCAAGGGCGUCUGUGACGGGGGCCUGCCAGUGCCCCGCCGAGGUGGUUCUGCCGGGGGGCGGCGCGCGGACGGCGGGGUAGCCCUUCGGCCUCUCGCUGGCACACCCGACGAUCCCAUGGAAGAAGACGGGGAGGAGAGAGAGGGGAAAGAUUUGGACGGGGUUGAGGCACAGAACAAAGGCGGCGGCAGCGCGGCCUCCGGUGUUGGUGCUGCUGGUUGGGGCAUGACCCCCGGACGCGUGAUCACCCUCGUCAAGACCCUCCUGCGCGUCUCGGAGCAAUGGGGAGACGAGGCGAAGAACUUCCGGUGCAUGGUGUUCGUGGAGCGUCGCGCUACUGCCAGGGUUCUGAGCGCGUUCCUGUCCCACUCCCUGUCCGGCCGCUUCUGUUGCGGGUUUGUGGUAGGCCGUGCCAACGCUCGAGGGGAUGACUUCGGUCGGAGCAGGAUGGCGCAGACGAUCAAUAUGUUCCGCGCGGGGGAGGUGCAGAUCCUAGUGACGACAGACGCGUGCUCGGAAGGGAUCGAUGUGCCAGAGUGCAACCUGGUGGUUUCCAUGGACAAGAUUAAGACCAGCCGCAGCCUUAUCCACACGAGAGGCAGGGCGAGGAGCAAGGGAGGAAAGUUCGUUAUCAUGGUCGAGGACGGAGACGACAUGGAGAGGGAUCGCGUAUCGCUCAUGCUCAUGGAGUCGGAGGACAUCAAGAGGUUUCAGCUCGGCCACGAGAAGGCUAGCGUGCGAGUACCGCUACGACACUCUCACCCCAAUAUGGUACACCACAUCGAGAGCUCGGGUGCCGUGGUGGACAUGGACAUGGCGACGCCCCUGAUGAACCAAGCUCUCUCCGCCGUCGGCUGCGACUUCCACCCCUUGCUCAUCUGCCGGUUGGAGCUCCCGUCUUUCAUGGGCAUGCCUACCAUCGACACCGCGAUGUUGGCCGACGAGCACUUCUGGAGCAAGAGCCAAGCGAGAUCCGCGGUGUCCUUUCUGGCCGUGGUGCAGAUGCUGGAGAAGGGCUACAUCGACAAACGUCUCAACCCCACCCGUGGAAAAGCGGCGUGGCUACGACCCCGUUCUGGUGGAGGGGAAGGAAGCCCGCAUCAAGGCCAAGAUGAGGCGAAGAGCCCUGAAGCUGACGCCCCAAGCGAGACAGCGGCAACAGCAGGGUCGCCACCGUUCCCCGGUGCCUUCGGGGACGGUAGCCAGGGGGAAGGCGACGUCCAACCUGGCGGUCCAGGUGCACCGGGAAUCGGCCCCGCCGCGGCCGGGGCAGGCUUCGCCGUGUGGGAGGGGGCGCGGACCCGGGGAUGCUACGAGGACGACCCCGGCCCGAAACGGCGCAUGAGAGUCUACUGCUUCCGCACGUCUGCGAAGGAGGGAGAGGAAGGAGAGGAAGGAGAGGAGGAGGACGAGGAGGUCCUGGUCGAGGAGGAAGAGCAUGAAGCCGACAUGCGAUCAUUCCACCCCAAGCUGAAGGUGGACCUGGGGCGGGGACCCGGGAAGGGUCUAGGCCCCCGCCUGUUCGUGGGGUUGGCCAGCGCGGCUCCCCUCCCUUUGACGGCCUCCCAGGCGGCCAAGGUCGGGAUAGUGGACAGCUUCGAUGUCGACCUCAAUCCUGCGCAGAUGGCAGCCAUAGUACAGUGGCACAAGGAGACGGUGGGCAUGGCGGCCCUUUACGAGAUUCCCCACCAGAUGAUGCAAACGCCUCUGAACGACCCGGCCAAGUCUCCCUUCCGGGUAAGCGUGCUUGCCGUCCCUGUGGACUACGGUGACGAUGGACCGGCGGGAGACGGGGUGGUAAAGAUUGACUGGCCGGCGAUCGAAGCGGCCAACGCGGGAGUGCACCUGCCGGACAAGACGGACGAGACCACCACGACCCUUGAGAUCUACCUUCGGCGGUGCCUUGAGUCCGACCAAGGCCCUUACGCUGGACUCCCGUGCGAGACGAUCACGCCGCACGAUGCCGGCCGAAUGGGCCGCGUGAAGGGGGUCUUGGCGGUGGGCCACGGCGUGCGGAAGCCGGACUACGACGCCGCCGACAAGUCUCAGCGCCUGCUACUGGGCGUGCCGGCGCCGGCCCUGAAGCACUCGUUCGCACAACACCUGGUUCGAGGGGAGAAAGUCAUGGACCCUGACGCUGGCGUCCGAAGCAGGGUGAAGGUGAAACGGCCGAGCAAAAAAUCGUUGGAGGACGACGGACAGGUCGACGGCGCCAUGGGCGUUACCGAGAAGGGGGAGGACAACCCAGAAGAACGAGGCGAUGCGCCUUCGCCGGCAGCGGAUGCGGCGGGAACAGAACAGCAAGGCGGUGAUGCGGAAGACAAGGAAGAGGAGGAGGACAAUGAUGACGAGAUUACGGUUUCGAUGCAGGAAUCAGACGACGGAGGCGACGACGACGCGAUGGUUGUCGAAGCUCCGGUUGAGAGACCAGCCGCGUCCUCGGAAUCGGCGGCGGGCGAGAUGGCCGUAGAAGCCGCCAUUGUGCCCCGCAUGUUCGAUUUGGAGCGCCAACUCCUCUGCUUCGUGCUGCACGAGUCUCUCUUCCUGCCGGCCCUGCAGACCUCCCUCUACCACCGCAACCCCCCCGGCGCUGACAAAAGCAGCAACGACAAGUUGUUACCGGUGAACGAGAGACUGGAGACGUUAGGCGACGCGUGGCUAAACUACUACGCCGGGUUCGUUGUUUUCCAGGACAAGCCGGUGCUGAUGGAGGAGGGGAUGAUGACACUUCUCAGGAAGAACGUCGUUUCCAACGCUCGUCUCCUCAAGUGUGCUGAUGGUCGAGGCCUGAGGGAGUUCAUGUACCCUCCGAGGUCAAUUCUUGGACGGCCUUUCGACAUGUGGUCUCCUUCGCUCCUGCCUCUUCCGCCUCCGGUGAAGGCUAGCAAGAAGACCAUCGCUGACGUUGUCGAAGCCCUCCUAGGAGCGGCCCUCGUUGCGGGCGGCAACCGCAGCGCGGCGUACAUCAUGGAGUGGCUCGGCCUGGCCGCGGCGAGCGCCGCCGCCACCGCCGCGGCGGCGGGCGAGGAUCCCGCGGCGCCCCCCCUCCCCGAAGUGUACGUGGCGACGAAGCCAUCCGCGAGGUUGAUGGGCAACAUCCGGUUACUUGAGAAGCGGCUGGGCUACACCUUCCGCUACCCAUGGCUGUGCAUGCAGGCCAUCACGCACCCUUCCUGGACCAUCAACGACAUCCCUCCGGGGACCGUCCCUGCACAGGAUUAUCAGCGGCUGGAGUUCUUGGGCGAUGCAGUGCUUGGCUGGAUGGUGACCGCACACCUCUACUUUGCCUCCAGCGCGUUUACCCCUGCCGAGCUUACACGGAUUAAGGUAACCUCGAGCUGCGUUUGCAACGCAAGCCUGUGGGUGAUCGCGCUGCGGCUGGACGUGCACCACGUGCUUAGGGCUUCGCCCAAGAUCCUCGGACACAUCCAUGCCUUCAUCGAGAACAAUGGCGUUAGCGGAACGGGAACGGCUCCGAAGCACCCGGCCGACGUCCUCGAGGCGUUAAUUGGCGCCGUCUUCAUCGACAGCUCCUGCUGCAUGAACGCGAGCUUGCUGCUAGAGGGAGCACCACCGAGGAUGUCAAUGAGGACGAAAGCAUGGGCGGAUAUGGCGUUUGCGGUGACGAUGAUAUCGCUGGUGGCGGCUUCGUGUGCGAGAACUGCGAGGCCGCAGACGCGAGGGACGGUGAUGGUGGUGGUGUCGCCCCGAUGGCCGUGGAAGGUUCCCAGGCAGACGAUGCGAACUGACCGUGAGUUUACUAGACUUGAGGGGCCCAGCCACAGCGAGUCAGCAGCAGCGGGGGUGUAG